UCUCAAACCAGGAGAAUCCAGGGUUGCAUGGAUCACCAUAAUCCACCCAAGGAGGAUUGCACGUUCUGAAAAUGGCAACCAUUAUUCCAAUUGACCCAAUCCCAUUUCCAUUUCAGAUUUUGUUUUCUUUCUUUUCAAAGUGGAAGGAAAUGAGAAAUCCAAAAUCAGAAUUUCGGACAUAAAACCAAACGCUCUUAACCACUAGAACUAAUCGUCCCAAUCAUUCAUGGGAGAGUUUGAGUGCAAAGAUGCAAACACUGAAAAUAUGGUUCAUAUGACGAUGGAUGACUUGGUCAAUUAAACAAGUGCGAGUCCCAGUCACGUCCACAAACAAUAAGAGAGUCCCAAGGCCUUUCCCUCCUCUCUUCUCCUCUCCACCACCCAAAAUAAUUCCAAACCUCACCACCCUUCUCAUUCCUCCUCUCAAAACCAAAAACUCGUUCCACUAAUCAAAAUUAGAAUCCCAAAAAUUCCAACAAAAAACCUCCUCCUCGCCACCAAAAACACAUUGAAAAAACAAAAAUUAAUUCAUGAUCCAAAAUUAUUAACAAUGCCAAGCAAGCUGAAGAAGGCAAUUGGGGCAGUGAAAGACCAAACGAGCAUAAGCCUUGCCAAGGUCUCCAACACCAGCUCCGCCAACCUCGAGGUCACCGUCCUCAAAGCCACCUCCCACGACGUGGUUCCCAUCGAAGACAAAUACGUCCAGGAAAUUCUCACGCUCAUUUCGUCAAACAAGUCGUACGCAUCCUCCUGCGCCCAGGCCAUCGCCAGGCGCAUCGGCAAAACCCGCGACUGGAUCGUCGCCCUCAAAUCCCUCAUGCUCGUCCUCCGCAUUUUCCAGGACGGCGACCCCUAUUUCCCGAUCGAGGUCCUCCACGCCAUGAAGCGCGGCGCCAAGAUCCUCAACCUCUCCAACUUCCGCGAUGACUCCAACUCCUGCCCCUGGGACUUCACCGCCUUCGUCCGCACCUUCGCGCUCUACCUCGACGAGCGCCUCGAUUGCUUCCUCACCGGGAAGCUCCAGCGGCGCUUCACGUACCAGCGCGACCAAGAAUACAACAGCAGUCGGAGGAGCCGCCGGUCGAACGACACCGUGGCGGUGGUUCGCGACAUGAAGCCGGCGAUGCUGCUGGACAGGAUUCACUACUGGCAAAAGCUGCUGGACCGGGCAAUGGGGACGACGCCGACGGGCCCCGCCAGGACGAACCGGUUAGUUCUGAUUUCUCUCUAUGCGAUCGUUCAGGAGACGUACGAUCUGUACCGGGACAUUUCGGACGGGCUGGCUCUGCUUUUGGAUAGCUUUUUUCAAUUGCAGUAUCAAUCUUGCGUGAACGCGUUUCAUGCCUGCGUGAAAGCCUCGAAGCAAUUCGAGGAGCUGUCGGCGUUUUACGGGACGUGCAAGAGCUUGGGUGUUGGUCGGACCUCUGAGUAUCCUAGCGUGCAGAAGAUCUCCGAGGAGCUUUUGGAGACGUUGCAGGAGUUUUUGAAGGACCAAGCUUCAUUUCCGAGUCGGUCGCCGCCGACCCAUUUGCUGGCCAAGGGUAGUAAGGAUAAAGGGUUGAGCUUGGAACAGAGUGAAUUUCCAUCUUCGGAGCAAUUCGAAACGGCGUCGGAGAAAGGUUCUGCGUUUAGUUCGGCCUGCACAUCGUUGGAGGAUUUGAUGAGCGUUUGUGAUCAGAAUGGCAAUGUGAGCCCGUCGUGGUCGGUGGAGCAAGAGUUUUAUAACUCGGAGGAGCAACCAGAGAAGCGGGCAGAGGAUGGUCUCGCCAGAAGAAGAAAUGAGAACGGAUCGAACCAAUCUUUGCCGGAAAGUUUCGAUCUUGUUUCCUUUGAUGGCUUCCCACCGCAACCGGAUCAGAUAAAGCAAGAAGAACUAGUAGGAGUUGAUGAUCAAGAGGGUGCAAAACAGGGCUGGGAGCUUGUUCUGUUUGAGUCUGCAAAUAAUCAAACACCAUUGCAAACAUCAUCACCAACUCCACCCAUUGAUUCAUCAAACUUGGACAGCUUGUUUCAAAACUCCUCAGUGCCCCAACACAAUUACAAUCCAUUUCUUGAUGACCCAAUACCAAUUGACAGCUUUGCAGCCUCUUCGAAUCCAAGCGCCAUCGCCAGCAAUGGCUUUGGAAAUCUCGGAGAAGACGACCUGUUUUCGUUCCCUUUCGCAAUGCUAGCAGUGGCACCAACAUUUCCCGAACAGAAUUUAAAAGAGACCACAAUAUUUGGCGCCAAUAAUUCAAAUGAGAGCGCAGAUGUCACAACAUUUUCCGCGCAGAAUUCAAAUAAUUCAACAAUGGCACUUGCAUUUAGUGCCCCAAGUCCAAAAGAGAGCGAAAUGUCACCAAGUUUCUGGCCACGGCUUGCAAAUGAGAGCACAACAAUGGCACCAGCAUUUUGUGCACAGAGCCAGAGAGAGAUGAGAAUAGCACCAACAUUUUGUGUACGGAGCACAAAUGAGGCUGGUGGACAAAGACCAAAAGAGAAUACAAUAUUAAUGCCACCACCAACAUUUCACGCACGGGAUACGAAUGGCCGCGCAAUAUCACCAACAUCCUGCGCCCAAAAUCCCCAAGAGAGCAGAAUGCCACCAAACUUUAACGAGAGCGUGGUGCCAACAUUUCGUGCGCAGAAUCGCAGUGACACGACCAUGGCGCCAACCUUUAGUGCGGUGGCUCGCGAUAAUGAGAGCGUGGUGCCAACAUUUCGCGCGCAGAAUCGCAGUGACACGACCAUGGCGCCAACAUCUUGGGCACAUAAUCGCAGUGACACGUCCAUGGCGCCAACCUUUAGUGCGGUGGCUCGCAAUAAUGAGAGCGUGGUGCCAACAUUUGGUGCAAGUAAUCGUAGUGACAUGGCCAUGGCGCCACCAACAUCUUGGGCACAUAAUCGCAGUGACACGGCCAUGGCGCCAACCUUUAGUGCGGUGGCUCGUGAUAAUGAGAGCGUGGUGCCAACAUUUGGUGCAAGUAAUCGUAGUGACAUGGCCAUGGCGCCAACAUCUUGGGCACAUAAUCACAGUGACACGGCCAUGGCGACAACCUUUCAGGCAGAUGAGCCUAACGAGUUCACUGCUGCACCGACUUUCUUUGCAAGAAGUGAAAUGAAGACAAGAGGAGCAUUGCCUAACGUAGAAAACAACGACCCGUUUGCGACGUUCUUCUCUAAGGUGACAACUCCUAGUGAACCUAUGUGUAAUGGAUUAGUGAAUCAGGAAAGCCUCUUGCAUCAACAGAGACUGUGGUUGGAACAGCAAAACAAGAUUAUUGCGAAGCAUAUGAGUUGAUUUGUUGUGCAUUAACUAGAUGUUGGGGUUUUUUUAAAGAUCAAAUGUAAUGGUCUUGUAAUUAAAAUUCCUUCUCUCUCUAAGCAAAGUUGGAAUGACAGUUGUGAGUUUAUGCACCAACAAUGAAACAUGGUAUGAUCCGGUGGAUGAAAAUCCGAUGAUUAAUUAUCAUGAUAUUCU